CAUAGUGACAUUUAUUGACCAGUGGGACAACAGGAUCUGGAUCCCGAGGUGGACCCUAAUCCGUUGGCACUGUUUCUUUUCUUUCUCUUUCUCUCUGAUACACCACAUUCACCAACCAAUAGUGCUUCAGAUCUCUGUGUGGUGCAUCACUGCUGAUUUCUCCCCAAUCCGUAUCCCAAUUCCCUGUUCCAUUGAUAUUCACCAUUCAUACAACUUGCCCUUUGGGAAACCCAAUAAACAACAACAACAACAACAACAACCAGAACCUUAGUCAAUUAUCCAAACCCUCAAAAUCUCAUUCGCAAGAAGGGAGGUUUUUCAACAGUUCCUUGAGUUCCUUGAAGAAGAUGGAAGUUUGCAAGCCUCUCAAAUCUGAUAGUACAUUAAAGCACCGCCCUUUGACCCCUCUUAGGAUUUUAAGGGGUUUGAUAUGCUUAGUGGUGUUUCUUUCUACAGCUUUUAUAUGUUUAGUCUAUUUGUCACCACUGGCAGUUCUAGGAUUGCAGCUAAUCAGUACACGUUUUAGUAGGAAGGCAGUGUCAUUCUUCUUUGGACUUUGGCUAUCUUUAUGGCCUUUUCUGUUUGAAACGGUAAACAGAACUAGAGUUGUCUUUUCCGGGGAUAGCGUUCCGAUGAAAGAACGUGUUUUACUCAUUGCUAAUCACAGAACUGAGGUUGAUUGGAUGUACUUGUGGAGUCUUGCAAUUCGAAAGGGAAGACUGGGAUACAUAAAGUACAUCCUUAAGAGCAGCUUGAUGAAACUGCCUAUCUUUGGUUGGGGAUUUCACAUUCUGGAAUUCAUUGCUGUGGAGAGGAAGUGGGAGAUAGAUGAGCAAAUAAUGCAGCAAAAGCUAUCAACAUUUAAGGAUCCCCAAGAUCCUUUAUGGCUAGCAAUUUUUCCUGAAGGAACAGAUUAUACUGAACAGAAGUGUAAAAGUAGUCAAAAAUUUGCUGCUGAAGUUGGUCUCCCUGUUCUAACAAAUGUAUUACUUCCAAAAACAAAAGGUUUCCAUGCUUGCCUGGAAGCUCUACGAGGCUCAUUGGAUGCAGUAUAUGAUGUGACAAUUGCAUACAAGAAUCAGUGUCCUUCCUUUCUGGACAAUGUUUUUGGGGUUGAUCCUUCAGAAGUACACCUGCAUAUUCGGCGUAUUCCUGUAGAGGAGAUUCCAGCCUCUGAAGCCAAAGCUGAUUCUUGGCUAAUGAAUACAUUCGAGAUCAAGGACCAAUUGCUUUCUGAUUUCAAGGUUGAAGGCCAUUUCCCUAACCAAGUAAAUGACAAGGAACUUUCUACAUUCAAGGGCCUACUCACUUUUACUAUGGUAGUUGGUUUUACUGCCAUGUUUACUUACUUCACUUUUUUUUCUCUCAUUUGGUUCAAGUUGUAUGUAGGCCUAUCUUGUGCCUAUCUUUCUAUUGCAACAAACUACAAAUUUCAAAUGAUGCCUUUAACAAAUUAUGUUCAUGCACUCUAUAACAGCAAGAAACAAGAGUGAAUAGGCUUCUCCGUCUUAAAUGUCAGUAUACAAUUUUGGUCUUGGUCUUGA